GCGAAGAUAUCUCGCGGGAGUCAUUCUCCGAUUGCGUCCGACGCGGCGAGGCACGCAGAUUAUUUGGUUUCGACGAAAAGGGCGCGUUGCAGGCAAUCGAAGCAAACAAACAGGUGACAGAUAAUUUCGAGUUAAAUCCAUUCUAAUGCUGUGACACGGUGUGGCUGUUUAAUAUUUGGUUUUGGGAAAAGUAACACGGCGCUUGUGUUGCGUGGUACUGUUAAUAGAACAGUUUGGGACGAGUUUUGCAGAAGAUCACUUCUGCGCAGUUAGAGUAGAUUGGGGUGUUUGUAGCAGUUGGGGAAUUUGAAAGGAAGGGACGUUAGUGACAGAACAUUGUUAUGGAUAUUGCAACAGGUCCAGAAUCACUGGAAAGGUGCUUUACGGCAAGAAAUCAGUCCGAUUAUACAAAGAUGUUGGACGGUAUUAAAAUAGAAGAUCAUCCUUUGCGGUCCGGACCGGCUACAUUGGGAGUUAUGCUCGGGACGGAGUGCCAGCACCAGGCGGUGUGCGAAGGGUGCCAGCGGCCGAUAUCUGAUCGCUUUCUGAUGCGAGUGAACGAGUCUUCGUGGCACGAGGAGUGUCUGCAGUGCGCAGUGUGCCGCCAGCCGCUGACCACUAGCUGCUACCUGCGCGAGCGCAAACUCUACUGCAAACACGACUACCAGCAGUUAUUCGCUACGAAGUGCAGCGGCUGCCUGGAGAAGAUCGCGCCCACCGAGUUUGUGAUGCGCGCCCUGGAGUGCGUCUACCACCUGGGCUGCUUCUGUUGCUGCGUCUGCGAGCGGCAGCUGCGCAAGGGCGACGAGUUUGUGCUGAAGGACGGCCAGCUGCUGUGCAAGAGCGACUACGAGAAGGAGAAGGAGCUGCUCAGCUCCGUCAGCCCCGACGACUCCGACUCCGACAAGAGCGACGAUGAGGAUUUGGACAUCAAGCUGGAGAAGGGGUCAGGGGUACAGGGCAAGGGGGAUGACGCGAAGGAUCCGAGGCGGCCCAAGCGACCACGCACCAUCCUGACCACGCAGCAGCGGCGCGCCUUCAAGGCCUCCUUCGAGGUCUCCUCCAAGCCCUGCCGCAAGGUACGGGAGACGCUGGCUGCGGAAACCGGCCUCAGCGUGCGAGUCGUGCAAGUGUGGUUUCAGAACCAGAGGGCCAAGAUGAAGAAGCUGGCCAGGAGACAGCAGCAGCAGCAGGAGCAGCAGAACUCACAGAGGCUUGGACAAGAGGUGAUGUCCAAUCGCAUGGAGGGUCUGAUGAGCUCGUACACACCGCUGCCCCCCCCACAGCAGCCGCUGGUGGCCAUGGAUCAGAAUGGGUACAGCACAGACCCCUUCCAGCAGGGCCUGACCCCCCCACAGAUGCCGGGUGACCACAUGAACCCAUACGGAAGCGACUCCAUCCUGCAUGACAUCGACAGUGACACUUCCCUGACCAGCCUGAGCGACUGCUUCAUGGCCUCGUCCGACGUGGGCUCCCUGCAGGCACGCGUGGGAAACCCCAUCGACCGACUCUACUCCAUGCAGAGCUCCUACUUCGCAUCCUGAAGGCGCCUUUUGGGGGAAGUGGUGGGAACGGACAUGAAAACGCACACGGCUCACGGAGGGACUCGCCGGCCCUCUUGGGGCAAAGAAGAAACCUGAGCGAAAAGAAAAAAAAGUCAAAAACCCACCAGACGACUACAAAGACAAAGAUGAUGACCAUUUUCUCUGCCUCUGAGCCAAACGUGCUGAAAACUGACUUGAAGACUUCACCCCCCCCCCUCCCCCAAGGACCCCCACGGGACGAUUCGCGUGCGAGUCUCCGAGGGGCUGCGCUUGUACUGGCCCAUGUCGACACACGCGUAACCUAAGCCACUGAUUUUUAAAAACCUCAGUCGAUCAAAUAAACAGCCCUUACCCAUCCCCACCCAAAGAUAGGAGUGCAGGGAGGUGUCAAAGUGCAUGAACUCACCGUUACUAUGUGAACAUUCAGCCACAGAAGUGAUUUACAGAAAAAAGAAAAAAAAGGAUUUGUGUGAUUCCAAGAUGUAAAAAUAACUGUGUGGGCACCAUGUUUUCUUCUUAAAGUGUGUUUGGCGAAAUCGCCGUAGGGUGUGUCAGUCCCUGUAGCCACAGAGUGAUGGAGUGUUGGAGGGCUGUGGAGGACACGCCGUUCCGGGUUCGAAUGUAAAUAGGCAGGAAUGUUUCCAGCUUCAGUGGGUCGUGCAUGUCAGAGUGGACUACAUGCUAUUUAUUAAAGUAUAACGUGUUUCCGAAGGUACAUAAGGAGCCGAUAAAGCUUUAUUUAAAAAAAAGUAAAGUAAAGCGCCUCACCAUCUCCCAUGUGUAUGUUGUUUAAACUCGUCUGUUCCUUUCCAAACUCAGCUGUAAGAUCAGCAGAAUUUGUGCUAUUUAUUCGUUUCACACUCAUCGAGACACUUCGUCAACGGUGCGUUUCUCCUGAUGCACCGAUUUGCUAAACUACCAAAGUUUGUUGGUACUAUGAAUAAACUGAGCGAAAUGAAA